AUGUCCAGUGACAUGAAACUGCCAGAUAUAAAUGAGGAGAUAAACGAACAACAAUAUCAGGUUGAGGAAGUGUACAAUGGACCCGUUGCAGCUGAUGGAACCGAGCAAGCAAAACUUAGGAAGACAAACUAUUCUAUGACAACAGGAAGUCACUUGAAUAAGUCUAUUUAUUACGUGAAUGAGAAUCAGGUAACGAGCAAGUCAGACGAAGAAGAUUACGAGACACCGAUACCAACUGAACAAAAUUCGUACGAAAAAGUGACUGCCUGCGAUACCUCUACCAAACAAAUCAAAUGUAUCGAAUAUAAUUUUAUUUAUAUUCAAGAUCCUGGAGUCCCCAAUAUAACUUCAUUAUCUGCAACCGCUUCAUCAAUUGACAUCCGCUGGAGUCCGCACAUUGAUGGAAAUCCAUGUGAGAUCAUUCAAUACAACGUGUCUAUUGAGUCGUGUUUGAUGUCACUCAGUAAAAUUACGAUUGAUACGUAUCUACACGUAGAUACAAAUAUCUAUGCUAGUACUCCAUACCGCGUAAAGGUAGCAGCAAGAACUAUCAAAGGAUACGGAAAUUAUUCAUCUAGUUUACUUGUUGAAACAAAAGAAAAAAGUUAUAAACUUGCCACGUACAUUGUAGCUUGGGUGGUAUCAACAGCGGUUCAUCUAAUGUUUACAGCAUAUUUGAUAUUCAUCAUCAGAAAACUUAGGAAGACAAACUAUUCUAUGACAACAGGAAGUCACUUGAAUAAGUCUAUUUAUUACGUGAAUGAGAAUCAGGUAACGAGCAAGUCAGACGAAGAAGAUUACGAGACACCGAUACCAACUGAACAAAAUUCGUACGAAAAAGUGACUGCCUGCGAUACCUCUACCAAACAAGUACUUGGCGACACGUACGAGGAUUAUGAAGAAAUUCCACCACCAUGAAAGUGCCGCUUUCUAUAUUCUGUUGUAUAUUUUAUGAUAAUAUUAAAUAGUAUUUUGCUUGAUUACAUUCUAUUGACUAUAGAUUUUAGAGCACAUUUAAAGAAAUAUUGGCUCUCACUGAAUUUUAAUACUGUAAUUUAUAUUAAUUAGGCGGUGAUUUUAAUAAUAUUAUAGACAUAGAAGUUAUUAUAAUAUUACAAAUUAAUUUGUAUAUUUUACCAACAUCAAACACCUUGAUAGCGAGAUUUAGUUUCAGCCCCGUACCUAGACUCGUUGAUCGGUGAGGUGGGAACAAGUACUAGAAGGGCAACACGCACCUCAAUCCCGCCGGAGCUCAACUUUAAUGUCUCCUUCCCCUCCACUUUCGGCUACUGGGCUAAAUAUGCAUUUAUUUUCAUAUUUGAGCGAAUACCAACGAGAAAACACUCAGAGGACAAUCUUACAAAACUUUGGAUGAUACCAUAUUAGGUGUUCAAUUUUGACCAGAUUUUUCCUCAAUAACUGAUUUUCUUUUGCGUUAUUAUAAAAUAUUGCUUUUAGUUUAGUUAUAUCUUUGAUUUAAAAUUUGUCAAUAUCAUACAUGUUGCUGUAUAUGCCUUUCAGAUCGAAUGGAAUGACACUCACAUUGAUAGCGACAUUUGGUUUCAUCCCCGCACCUAGACUCGUUGAUCGGGGUAGGAGCAAAUACUAACAAGGGGACACUCAGAGGACAAUCCUAUAAAACUUCGGAUGAUGUAUAUACGAUAGCAAUACAUACAAGCUGCUUGUUUUGCAGUACAGUAUAUACAUAAAAAACACAGAAAUAACAAACAGUGGAUAAAAAGUAGUGCUUAAACAGGAACAUAAUUUAAACUACGUAUCAAAUGGCAAAGUGGAAUAACUGACAUUUUUGGGGAAAAUGAGUUAUAUAGUGAGUACAUUUUGUUACACAUGUUGACACAAAAACAAAUUGUAAAAAAGUGUCCCCGGGCUAGAUAGGGGCAUGGUAAAAGGGCAUGACUACACAAUUUCCAGUAAUUUCCAAAUGCAAAAGGGUAUAAGUGCAAAGAUAGACUGUGAUACGCUGAAGCGUGACGUUCUUUCAACAGUCAACCAAUCAGAAGAGAGCAUUCUCCCUGGUUACAAUAAAGGUUGCAUGUUAAGUUUUAUUAUUUUUAUUAUUCUUACUGUUUGUGUACUCACAGUUUGUAAAUAGAAAUUGGUUAAAUAAUGAUUCUUGACAGUAGCAUAUGUCUAGUUAAUGUUAGGAUUCUUGAAGGUAGCAUAUGUCUAGUUCUAGUUAAUUUAUGCUAUAUAAUCUUGCCUUACUUUGAAUGGCAACCGUUUAAUGCUAUGGAAAUACAUCUAUGGGAAAACAGUUUCAUAAAAAUAAUUAACCAUGGCCGAAUAACAAUUCAAAUUUUAACUAGAAAUAACAGUGGGAAAGAGGGACAACUAAAACGAUUAUUUAAUAAAUAACUAUGGCAAAGAGG